AUGCUGAUUGAAAGGAAUGCUCUUCUUGGGUUCAAAGCAGGCCUCAAAGAUCCCACCAACAGGCUAUCUUCUUGGGUCGGUGACGACUGCUGCACAUGGGAAGGCGUCGCUUGUGACAACCGGACUGGCCAUGUUGUCAAGCUUGACCUCCAAAACCCACACCCAUUCUCACUCAUUGACGAUAACAAGUGGUGCUUGGGAGGUGAGUUGAGGCCUUCCUUACUUGGUCUGAAACACCUGAAUUACCUUGACCUGAGCAUGAACAACUUUGGAGGACUUCGCAUCCCAGAAUUCGUGGGCUCAUUCCGUCAGCUCAAAUAUCUUAACCUCUCCAAUGCUGGUUUGGGUGGACUGAUCCCACCCCAGCUUGGGAAUCUAUCGAGCCUCCAAUAUCUUGAUCUCUAUAGUGAUCUUGAUCAUGUUCGUGAAUUCAUCAUUGAUAAUGCCCUCUGGAUUUCUCAUCUUUCUUCUCUGCAAUAUCUCCAUAUGGGGAAUGUGAAUUUCACAGAAGGUGCUCACUGGCUGCAAGCACUAAACAUGCUCCCUUCUAUUGUUGAGGUACACUUGUCCCUUUGUGACAUCAAGGCCAUUCCAGUCUCUCUUCCUCAUGUGAAUUUUACUUCACUUUCUGUUCUUGAUCUUUCUGAUAAUUUCAUUAAUUCGACGAUGCCUGGUUGGUUGUUCAACAUAAGCAGCCUUGAGCACCUCGAUCUCAGCAACAAUAUUUUUCGGGUCAUCAUUCCGCCUGCAAUUAAGAAUCUGGCUUCGCUCAAUUUCCUUGAAUUAACUGGUAAUCAGUUUCUUGAAGGCAAAAUCCCGACUGCACUUGGGGGUCUGUGUAAGCUGCAGCGUUUGGGAUUGGGAGGCAUGAAUAUCAGCAAAAAUUUGCAUGAAUUUGAUGAAGUUUUUUCUGGAUGCAUCAAAAACAGCCUAGAGAUUCUGGAAAUGUCAUUCUGUCAGGUUAGCGGCUAUUUGUCGGACCGGUUGGGGGACUUUAGAAUGCUCAAAGAUCUCUAUUUGAGUAGCAACUCAAUUUCUGGUCCUAUUCCUGCAUCAAUUGGAAGACUGUCAGCACUUCAAAAAUUAGAUCUUUCCAAUAAUAAACUAAAUGGGACAAUCCCAAGAAGUCUUGGAAGGCUUGCGGAGCUAGUUUUCUUAGACCUUAGCUCAAACUUUUUGGAGGGUGUCGUGUUUGAAGAACACCUUGCCAAUUUCUCCAAGUUGAAUUAUCUAGAUUUGUCAGACAACCAAUUAAUUCUGAAUCUGACGUCUGAUUGGAUCCCUCCUUUCCAGCUUCAGGUGUUAAAUAUUGGUUCUUGCAAGCUAGGACCCCAGUUCCCAGCAUGGCUCCAAACGCAAGAAAAUAUUUCCUUUCUAGACUUGUCUGGCAAUGGAAUUUUAGGCAUUCUGCCAGAUUGGUUUUCGAGGAGUGAUUCAUCCUAA